CUCAUUGCUCGUGGGUAAACACCAGGUCGCACGGUAGGUGUAUCUUAACUUUAUAAAAAUAUGUUUCUGCAAGUGGCCGCAGGGUUUUACAUCCCUUCCAGCAGCUCAGGAGUGUCCACCUGCCCUGCAUCCUCACCAAGACUUAUAAUUGGUUGUCUCUUUAAAUUUCUGCCAUUCUAACGAGAUGUCUCGUUGUGCUUUGAAUCUGCAUUUGAGGGGGAGUUUUUAAAGGAUGGGCAUAUUCUUGGCCUUUGAGGCAUUAGAUCAGGAAAUGUCGAAGACUUAGGUGAAGGAGGGAGAACUGGAGGAGCAAAGUCCAAAACAAGAACAGGAAUAGACAAGCUGGGCAUCCUUGGAAAACUGCCAAACGCUGAAGGAAUGUUGGAAUUGUGCAUCUGUAGGGGUUGAGGACAUGGAUUCUGGAUUCAAAUCCCAACUCCACUGCUUACUUGUUGUGUGACCUUGGGCAAGUUACUUACUCUGCCUCACUUUCCACAUCUAUGAAAUGGGGGUAAUAAUACCUACCUCUUAAGAUUGUUGAGAAAAUUAAAUGAUAUAAUAAGUCUUCGUUGGUGCCUUACUGUGUAAACACUAUGAAAGUCAUUAUUAUUGUCCCCAUUUUUGAAUUUAUUAUAAUUCUAUGUCUUCCCACUACCUGGCCCCUAACAAUUUCCCUGGGAGGGAGGGGGAGUGUAGUUACUGUAACCACCUCUAGGGGUCAGGCUUCAGCGCCUUUCACUUACCUAAGCGGCGCAGUAUUUGAGGAUAGGAUAUGGGGGACAAGGGGAUUCUUGGACCCACGCGUCCAGCCUUUGCACUACCACCCUUUUCUUCCCUACCCCAAUCCAAUGUUCCCCCUUGGAGACCUCUGGCCCCUCUUUUGGGAGGGAGAUGUCUUAUCAUCAUCUCCUAGAAGUGGAUUUGAACUCGGGCAGAGCAGGGAACCCCGGGUCCGUGGGACCUCACACUGAGCAAGCCAGAGGAUGUUUUCACCCCUCAACCCAGAAGGCUGAGGUCCCGGCUAGUCCACAGACAGGGCACAGAUUCUGGCUAAAGGUGUUCCCUCCCUCCCUGUCCAAUAAAAAUGGGUCCCAGUCCAGUGGUUCAAGCCACAAACUGGGAAAGGUCUUCAGAUAAUAGGUUAGAUUACAGGUUAAAACACACACGGACACAACAAGGAACAGAUGACAGGUUAACACACACAAAAGCAAAGGAACAGAUAACAGACUAAUAGACAUACCACAAAGGAAUAGAUAACAGGUUAACACACACACAUCAGUCAGGAAGGACUCGGGGAAAAAUGAGCAAAGGAUAUGAGUAAGCAGUAAACAGCAGAGCAAACAUGAUGUACGUAUGGACGAUGUUGAGAAGCUGAACACAAAUGCAUGGGUCUGGGGGGCCUUUGCUUCAUCCUGUGGAGUUGAAGGUGUGCUCAUGCUUCCCCUGACAAUUUUACUAAAGGUGUGGACCCCAAAGGGGGCGAGAUUGGCCCCGGGGUUCUUUUGGGAAUGUGAAGGUGUUUCCAUUUGUCAGAAUGACAGAGGAAGGGUAGCCUUCAGUAGGCAGGACCCGAGGAUACUUGAUACCCUGCAACAUGCAAUGAGCAAUUGUCCCACAGUUUCACCCAUAAAUGCAGAAUUCCCUGGUGGUCCAGUGGUUAGGACUCCGUGCUUCCACUGCAGGGGUUCGAUCCCUGGUUGGAGAAGUAAGAUCUGACCAGCCUUGUGGCGCAGCCAAAAGAAAAAAAAAAAAAAAGACAGUAUUCUUUGCCUGAUUUUAAUAUACACUGAAUUUUCCCAGCAUGCAAUUUACUAACUAGAUGGGAGAUUUUACUUAGUUUUCUGAGGGACUUUUCCAAGAGUUAUUCAUUCACCGUUUCAGAAACUGGGGUCACUAACAACAAAAUAACAAAUUGCAGAAGGGUGCAUAUACAAUAUUGCCACAUUGUAAAAAUGUGUAUUAUUUCCCUGUAUACAAAUAGACAGUAAAGAUGUGAAAACAUGCAAAGAAAUAAUAAACACAAACAUCACGGUAGUGGGUAUAUGUGGGGAGGAAAAGCUUCUGAUGACUUCUUUCUUUAAAGAAAAUAAAUCAACCUGACAUAAACAUGGCAACACAUUAAUAUUUGACAAACCUGGGUAGUGGGUGUGUCAUUGUUCCUUAUUCUCUAGAGCUCUCUAUGCUCUAAAUUGCCCAAAAGGGAGAGAGACUUGACAAAAACAAGAGGCAGGAGGAUGGAGGCAGGCAGGUGGACACUGAAUCAGCACACAUUUUGCAACUUUCUGACACUGAGCAGCUACUGACAGCUUUUAAGUUUGCAUGUUAUUGAGAUUUUCUAAAAAUCAAGGUAGCACCCUCAGCCUGCUCCUUCCACUGUCACCACACUUACGCUGAGCCCAUUCCCCCAGUAUUUUGUCCCCAACUAGCUGUCAUAUGUGGCUUAAGAUCUCACCUAUUUCAAAGUACAUGUUAACAAUGCUUUGAAGAUGAUCCACUCAAAGAAAUGAGUCUCUACUGGUGAGGUUUUGCCAGUCUUGUAUUUGUAUAUGUAUGUAUUGAUAGCUAUUUAGGGGAGGAGCUCUUCUCAGGCACACAUAGAUCAUGUGAGUCUUGGCAGACCUGACCUCCUUAUAAUGAAAAUCCUGAGUGAGAAUUGAGAUGUUGCAUUGGGAAUGGGGAAUAGAGGUUAAAAUUGCAGACAUCUUAUCGACAGGUUCAUUUUUUACCAAUUCUCUGAGGCCUGUGACUGGUCAUUUUUCAGUAUGCUUUGCAGAAAAUACCCCAAAUCACUGCUCUGUUUUGAAUUCUGCCCACAUCCCCUGUGUGCAUUGUCUGUGGGCCCUGGCAUAGUAACGGCAAAUACAAAUUAAAGAUAAGACACUCUGAAAAUAAUGAGAUCCCGCUACACACCUAGCAGAAUGGCUAAAAUCCAAAACACUGACACCACCAAGUGCUGACAAGAUUGCGGAGUAGCAGGAGCUCGCAUUCAUCGCUGGCAGGAAUGCAAGCGGUGCAGCCGCUCUAGAAGACCGUUUGGCAGUCUCUUCAAAAUUCAACAUACUCUUAACCAUAUGAUCCAGACUCGCUGGAUACAUACUGCUGAUAUUUACCCAAAGGAGCUGAAAACUGAUCUCCAUGCAAAAACCUGCCCAUGAAUGUUUAUAGCAGCUUUAUUCGUAAUUGCCUUAACUUGGAAGCAAUCAAGAUGUCGUUCAGUAGGUCAGUGGAUAAACUGUGACGCAGCCAGACAAUGAAAUAUUAUUCAGCGCUAAAAGGAAGUGAGCUAUCAGGCCACGAAAAGACGUAGAGGAAAUGCAAAGGCAUAUUACUCAUUAAAAGAAGCCAAUCUGAAAAGACAACAUACUGUAUGAUUCCAACUAGAUGACAUUCUGGACAAGGCAAAACUGUGGAGACGGUGAAAGGAUCAGUGGUUGCCAGGGGUUGGGGCGGGGGGAGAGGGAUGGAUAGGCAGAGCACAGAGGAUUUUUAGGGCAAUGAAAAUACUCUGUAUGUAUAUGUAUGAUGCUAUAAUGAUGGAUACAUGUCAUUAUACGGUUGUCAAAACUCGACACCAAGAGUGAACUGUAAUGUAAACUGUGGACUUCGGGUGAUAGCGAUGUGUCAAUAUAGGCUCAUCAGCUACAAGAAACGUACCGUCUGGGUGUGGUGCUGAUGGUGGGGGAGACGGUAUACGUGGAGGUGGGGAGGGUAUGGGAACCUUCUAUACUUUUAUUCAAUUUUGCUAUGAACCUAAAACUGCUCUGAAAAAUAAAGCCUAUAUUUAAAAAAAUAAUAAGGGGCUUAAUUUUCCCAGGUGAAUACAAGGGAAAAUUAAAUUCCCCUUUUUCUUCCAGAAUUUCUUUGUCUUUUUCACAUGUAUGGGCGCCAUUUUUUUUUUUAACAUCUUUAUUGGAGUAUAAUUGCUUUACAGUGGUGUGUUACGUGCACCUUUUUAAUGGCUAAAGAAACCUCUUGCCAAUCUAAUAAUACUCUGAAGGUUUCCUGUAGCAGCUGGGAGCUAUCUGUUUGAAACAUAAUGUCCCACCUCCCAGUUUCCGGGGAGGAGAGGGGCUUAACUUCAGCUGCCACCUUACUCUGAACUGCAAAGCCUAUUAAUUUUCUCAUAUCUGGGCAUAAAGAUACGAGAAAAUUAUAUCUUGAGAACAUGUACAUAAUGAGUAUGUCUGCCUGACUCUGAAAGGCUGAGCCUUCUCUGUCUCUGCAGUCACUGUACAGAUUGCCUGGGACGCAUCAUCUCUUGGGUUAAUGCUUAGUCAGUAAUACGACUGUUCUCUCUCUUCAACCUAUAUGGACAGGCUCUCUGGGUUGGGAGAUUUUGUUUUGAAUUCCAUUUCCCCAGCAGGGCCCAUGUCCGGAAGCAAACGUUAGAAUGUGUGGUUUGGCCAGUGUGGAUGACCGUGGGGAUGGCAGUCAGGCCAGGCCCCCUGGCAGGCCUGUCCUUGGAUGCAAGGGUGACAUGCAGGUGGUAGUGUCUGCACUACAUGUGCCAGCCUCCCAGAGCAGGGACAAGGUCACCCCUGUGCCUCCAUUGUCCAUGACCUCCUUUUCCUGGACCUGAAGUGUCUCAUCCGUGAAACGGUGAUAAAAAUCUUCUUUCCUAAGAACAGCUCAGACUGCUCCCCGCACCCGCGUCCUCUCUGCCCUGUCCUCUGUGAAGCCCCCUGGGGUCACCAUGGCUUGGAUGAGCUCUCUCUCCUUCGAGCUCAGGGUUGGCCCCUUGCCCCAGCUAACCGCCCUGCUUUGUUCUCCGCAUGCACGUCUCAUCCCCCCGGCAAUUUGGGGGUGCGCAUCUUGUGGCCUCAGUGUUGACUCUGUUCAUUCCACAAACAAUCUUUGAGCCUCUGUUAUGUGCCAAGAACGUCUGUGCCCUGAGAAAGUCCCACGCUGGGGUGAGGCUGCGUGUUUCUGUAAACCCGUCCUUGCCGUCCAGGGUGGUCUGGGUGCAGAGCACUGUGGCCCACCGGCGAGUGGGGUUUGAGUCGGGGCGGGUGACACCUCAACAGAUCAAGGGUGAGCACGGACUGGGCGGAGAGGGGCAGAGGUAGAGGGACAGCAUUCUGGGGGGCAAAACAGCAGAAGUGGAGUCUGCAGGACCACAGCCUGGCAUAGAGAUAUAGGGGCAGCCCAGGGUGCUGCUGGAGCAGAAAAUUUAAGGUGCGGCUGGGAGCUAAGACCGAAGUGUAACAGAGCAGGACCCUAUUGGACCUUCCUGACAGACCCCUCCCCCGCAUGUCUCUGCCUGACUCUUGUCUGUAGAAAAGCUGUAGUCUCCCAGGCCUCCCCUGAGUCACAAAAGCCUGGCUCAAGAAUUAAUGAGUGGAAGGAUGUGAACAUGUAGUGAUAGAGAGAGCAGUGGGGCCAGGAGAACUGGUAAGAAUUUGAACGGUAAAUCAGCCAUGUGGCGUCACAGAAUCCUUAGUUCCUCCCUGAAGUACCUAGAUAACAGCAUCUGAAGCACACUUCCUGAGUUGUUUUACAGAUGCUAAAAUCCCCACCAAAUGGAAGAAGUUAACUACUUGAUGACCAUGAGCACGUAGCCCCCAGGCCUACUGGAGCCUGACGAUUGAUCGAUCACGUUAACCCCUGUGACACCACCGCACUCUACCGCACCUGACACUGCCCCACUACCUCACCGUCAGCCAAGCAGAGACUUGUGCGGGAGCCAGACCACUUCACACCCUGCAACUCCCCUCCCUCACCCUGCCUAUAAAAAAACGUUCCCUGAAACCCCGCAGGGAGUUGCAGCCUUUUGAGCGUGAGCCAGCCGGUUCUCCUUUCAUGCCCCUUGCAAGAAACCCUCCUCUGUGCCGAGCUCCAACAUUUCGGUUUGUCUGGCCUCCCUGUGGGUAGGGUACACAAACUUGGGAUGGACAAGAGCAGCGGGCAGGGGGGCGGGCAGGGGCUGUCUUCUUUGCCCUCUGGAGCAGGGGUCCAUCCUUCUUCACUCGAAGAGAAAGCGAACUCUAGCAAUGUGAGCCUCGGUCCCCGGGUGGGAGAGCGCGCGGCGGGAGGUCUGGUAAGGCUCUGUGCGGAGGAGGGAGGGCGAGGGGAGCCUGAGGAACCCCACCCCAGGGCAGAGGCGUCGGGGGGCGGGGCGGGGCCCACCAGUCCUGACUCAGCAGGGCCGGCGAGAGAGGAGGCCUUGGGGGCUGGCUGGGCUCGCAGGCGCGAUAGCACCAGGGAGACCCCCGGGAGGGGGCGGGGGACGGGUUGGGUCCCACGGGCCGGGCGGCCCCUCGCGGGCUUAGCACGCCCGACAGCACUAACGCGCCGGCCCAGCAAAUCUUUUGUCGGGGCGGCGCUGAGCCAGCAGGGCGCCGCCCGCUAUAUCUGGGGCCCCCGCGGGCCGGUGGGACCGCGCACGAGGCGCACCAUGGCGCAGCGCUCGGGGAAGAUUACUCUCUACGAGGGCAAGCACUUCACGGGGCGGAAGCUGGAGGUCUUCGGGGACUGUGACAACUUCCAAGACCGAGGCUUUAUGAACCGGGUGAACUCUGUCCGUGUGGAGAGUGGGGCCUGGGUCUGCUUUGAUCACCCCGACUUCCGGGGCCAGCAGUUCGUCCUGGAGCACGGCGACUACCCCGACUUCUACCUCUGGAACAGACACAACGACCACAUGGGCUCCUGUCGGCCUGUUGGAAUGCAUGGGGAGCAUUUCCGCCUAGAAAUCUUCGAGGGCUGCAACUUCACAGGCCAGUGCCUGGAGUUCAAGGACGACUGUCCCUUCCUUCAGAGUAAGGGCUGGGCCAAGAACUGGGUCAACGCCAUCAAGGUGUACGGGGACGGCGCGUGGGUCCUGUACGAGGAGCCCAACUACCGCGGCCGCAUGUACCUGGUGGAGCGCGGCGACUUCCGCAGCUUCUCCGACUGGGACGCCCAGAGCGCGCGCGUCCAGUCCCUCCGCCGGGUGGCCAACUUCUUCUGACCGCCCGCCCGCCGGUGUCUGGCUGCGACCAGGAGCGGCCCGGAGAGAGGGACAGUCCCCCCAGCCCGCCCGGGACUCGGACCGUGGGAAAUAAACGUCAUAAAAGCCAAGCGCUGAGUGACUCCUCUGCCCUUCGUGACCAAGGGACAGCCGGGCGGGGGGCCCCCAGGCCCUGGGCAAGGGGCUGGCAGGACCCCCCGGCGUGGGAGGGACCGAUCAGGAAGGGUGGAGGGGGACGUUGCGAGGCACCCGCUGGGGGAGCAUUAGGGCUGGAAGGGACCUAUAGGUCAUGGAGUUCAAUCCUGUCACUUCACACGUGAAAAGCCAGCGUCCUACAUGGGGAGUCACCACCUCGGGUCCCAGAGCAGCUCCCAGUGGAACCAGGAUGGGGCCAGGGCGCUUCCCCUUCCAGGAACCCCACCCACAGGCCAGUUAGGGGAGAAAGGGGCAGCGGGGGAGGCGUGAUGGGGGCGGGGCGAGGAUGUGAUGGGGAUGGAGCGGGGCAGGGGACCGAGGGGGUCUGCUGUGAGGUGGGGGCUCCCUCUGGGCUCUAGUCUCCCUGAUCAGGGACAGGGGCUGCCAGGCCACGUGGUCUGGUCCACUCCACAGCCAGGCCUGACCCAGGGGUCCUGAGUCUGCAUCUCUGGGGGAUCUUGUAGUUUAUAGGGGAGGAUCUUCUGAAAGGAGUGGCUGGAUCCCAGGGACACAUCACUCCUUGUAUCCUGUAAGGAGAGAGAAACUGGGGGAAGACGAGGGGGAGUUGCUUCCUGAACAGGGCUGCACCACCCAGGGCCCAGGCUCUCUCCAUCCCGAGGGUGAAUCCACGGAGCUUCUCUGUGGCCCGGGCCCUCUGCAGGACACUGGGCCCACCUUGCUGGGUGUCCAGCCUCCUGUCCCCAGUGAGAGAGGGCCUGCUGGAUCCUGGGAGUGGCCCAGGUAACUCCGCGCUCCCCGCCUACGGCUGCCCACCAGAAUCCUGAGCAGCGGCGCUCACCGUCCCAACCAACAACUGAAAACCACCACAGAGCUGAUGGAAAGCCGUAGUUUGGAGUAAAAAUAGGCCUUCAUCUGUCAUAUACUGCCAUUACCUAUCCCAAUUUAUCUUUAUCUGAUAUUGUAUGCUUUACACGCACACAUUUUCAGUGCUAAGGGAAAUGAGUUACUGAUUUUUCUUGACUUCUUUCUUUUUAUUAUUAGGAACCCUUUCCAAUUGUAUUCAAGCUAUUAUAUGCUUUCCUUUUCUCCACAUUUAUCACUUGAAUCCUUCUGAAACUUGCAUCUAACUUGGACUGGCUUAUCGUGUAAAUGAUAGAAGCAUAACCGCCACCACGCACCAAGCAGAAAAAAAAGAAAGAAACCACCACAAAACUAACGGCAAACCAGUCAGAUCUCUGAGCCCGGAGUACCUCGCCUCGUGUGAGUCGAGAAGAGGGUUUGUUGAAAACCAUGCUCCUGUUUUCCCCUUUCUCUGCCCGUUUAUUCGGGGAUGUGGCGCUUUCCGUGUGACCUCAGCUACACUCGUCCCCCCGUGUGGGAGGCCCUGCCCACAGCCAUGCCCUUGUCCCUGCUCAGCUGCUCUUUCCUGCAACUGUCUGACCCUCAGAGCUCCACAUCAGGCCUGGGAGGGGAGGGGCCAGCGGGGAGGGGAGGGGCCAGCGGGUCUGGCUGGCCCCAGGCUUCCAGGAUCUCACACCCCUUCCCCCCCCCCCCCCCCCCCCCGCCCCGUGUUGAUGUUGACGAUGGAGCUUUUCUUUUAUGCUCUGACUUGAUGCCAGGCUCUGUACUAGUGGAACCUGUGUAAUUUUACUUACUGUGCAAUAACACCAAGAUGGUAAUAUGCUUGUUAUCACCGCUAUGAAGGAGAGCUAGACGCAGACAGGUUAAGCAACUUGCCCAAGGUCACACAACAGUCAGGAUUCAAACCAGGUCUCGCUGAUACCUUUGCUCCCAGCCACUCCGCUGCACACACAUUUGCAUAUACAGGUGUAUUUUAUCGAUACAAUAGUUAAAAUAACAGUAGUCCACCCAGUAGCAAUCACAUACUCAAAAGCAUAGUCCCCUGCAUCACCUCAUUCAAACUCCCCAUGGCCCAUGAGGAAAGGAAUCCAGACGUCCUUACCCUGGUCAGCGGGCAUCACGGGGAGAAGCGGGGCCUGGUGUGAACUGGGUGCAAAGUGUAUCAGUCAGCACGGGGCUUAGGUGAUGGAAAUGUUUUCUCUCACGGUUCUGGAGGCCAGAAGUCCAAGAUGAAGGUGCUGGCAAGUGUGGUUUCUCCUGAGGCCUCUCUCCCUGGCUUGCAGGGGGCCGUCUUCUCCCUGUGUCCUCACACGGCCUUUCCCCUGUGCGUGUCUGUGUCCUAAUCUCUUCUUGUAAGGAUACCAGUCAUAUUGGAUUAGAGUCCAACCUAACGACCUCAUUUUAACUUAAUCACCUCUUGAAAGACCCUGUGUCUCCUAAUACAGUCACAUUCUGAGGUUCUGAGGGUUAGGACUUCAACAUACGAAUUUGGGAGGGACACGUUUCAGCCUAUAACAUGAACCAAAUGGUCUCUCCAGGCCUCAGUCUCCUGCUCUGUGAAAUGAGGGUGAUCACGUCUGUUGUUUCAACUGUAUACAGCUGUAAAGGCCGAACAAGUAACCCUGAGAAGGUGCCGUAUGAAUACUGGCUCUCAGUAGUAAGUGAUGCACUGGAUGUCACCCAGAACGUGGGGGGAGCAGCGUUAAGGGCCAGCUCUGGGUCUCCGCCCCGAUCCUCUCUCUGUUACUCACUAGGAUGUGUCCUUGGACAAGUCACUGCCCCGUGCCUCAGUUUCCCAAGCUGUACAGUGAAGAUAAGCCCCUCCUAGGGAAUUAAGGAAGAAUCCCCCUGGCUGAGGAGCUCGGUCCAGUCCCCGGUAGCCAGGGGAGGAGCCAGCCUCGCACGCAGCCCUUCCCUCGUUCCAGAGGUUUCUCUAAACUCAUCCAGUUCCCCAGCACCUCAUUAACUGGUGAUUUAGUGCUUCACCAAUAGGCUUGUGCUCCCAGGUGACCUCCCCCUCACCCCAGCCCUCUGCUCCGUAAUCUGUCAGCAAAUCUGCUUUUUGUCUCAAGAGGAAAAACAAGAUUCCCAGCAAAGUGCUUGUGGGCAGACUUGUAAUUUGUCUGAUGUCUGUCCAGGGGGUCGGUGGACCGAGGGCCAGCGCCUUCGAAAGAGACUCACACAUGCUUCACAUACUUCUGUCUCAACUCUGCGGUUUGGAGAGCCGGGGCGCUCCCAGAGCCAUCCUCGUGUCCUCAGCCAUCAGUCCUCCCACCCACCGACCGCUCCACGCCCCCUCCACCCGGCCCGCGCCCCCUGCCGACCAGGAACGCGCAUGCGCUGUUUAUCAGGCCCGUCGGAUCACAGGAAAAACAUUCCCUUUGAAAACCCCACAGAUGUUCCCACAACCUCGCUGCCGCUGCCCCACCCCCACCCCCGUGAGCCCGGAGUCCCCUGCGCCCCUGAGGACCCCCCUAUGUUCCCUGACACGGCCUCCUGUCUCCACCUCCAGAGCCCUACAGAUCUGUGUUCCCUCAAGAAACCCCAGGGAUGGCCUUUCCUGGUGGUGCAGUGGUUGAGAGUCCGCCUGGCAAUGCAGGGGACACGGGUUCGAGCCCUGGUCCGGGAAGAUCCCACAUGCCGCGGAGCAACUAAGCCCGUGCGCCACAACUACUGAGCCUGCGCUCUAGAGCCUGCGAGCCACAACUACUGAGCCCACACGCCUAGAGCCCGUGCUCUGCAACAAGAGAAGCCACCACAAUGAGAAGCCGCACACCUCAAUGAAGAGUAGCCCCCGCUCGCCGCAACUAGAGAAAGCCCGCGCGCAGCAACGAAGACCCGAUGCAGCCAAAAUUAAAUAAAUAAAUAAAUUUAUUUUAAGAAAAAGAAACCACAGGGAUUUUCAAUAAAAACCUGUUGAAUGAGAGACCUUAAAAAUGUAGCUCCAGAGUUUCCGUUUGGGAAGAUGAGAAAGUUCUGGAGAUGAUGGUGGUGAUGGUUGCCCAACGACGGAAGGUGUUAAAUGAACUGUGCGCCGGAUAAUGGUUCGGAUGGUAAAUCGUCUGUCCUGUGUAUGUCACCACAAUAAAGACAAAGUCUGGCUUCUCGUUGCUGGGGGGCUGAGGGCUGUCGAAGAGCCUCCCCAGAUUCUGGAGGACAGCGUGGGUCCCACCUGCCCACAACUGCCCGUACCUGGGGAAUCUCUCACUCGCACCCCUCACCCCCCAUCCAGUGCUGUGCGAUGGCUGCCGAGGGAAUGGAAAGUGCACAAGGGGUCGUUCCUCCCGCAGGGUGGCUCAGAGAGCCGGGGUGAGGACCUGGGCUGAGCCCUGACCUCCUGACCCCCAGUCCCUGCCCAGCCACACAAAUGUCGGGGCGAGCCCGAUGACACCGAGGGAGUGCCUUGCACUGGGGCCUGUGAGGCCUGGACCUGUAAAAUGAGCUCUUUUGUAAAUAGGCCCUUGGCUUCCCUGCUGCCGGAGGCUAAGCCCCUCUUUGGAAUCAGUGAUUGAAAACAUCCCUAAGAGUCCAGCGGACACUGUGCCCUGGCAUGGCUCUGCCGGGAGGGGGCUGGGCGGCAGCUGCCCUGGACGGGCCUGUGGGUUUGGAGCCAGCCUCGCUGGAUGCCGAGACCAGCCCCUCGGUCAGUGUAUGUGGCGGGGGCAGGUUGAGCGGUCAGAAGUGAGAACCCCGCUCCUGGCCAUGCAGCCCCCAGGACUAUGCACUCUGGGUGGGGGGCGGGGGCCAGGUGAGCUAUCAGUCGUGUGGCAGGGUCCCACUUCAGCAAGAGGGGGAGGGCACUUGUGAUGCUGCAGGCUGCCUGACUCGGGGACCAAAGUCUGGGGAGUGGACAGGAAGACAAAGCCACCCCGUCUCUCCACUGACCCCAGAGUCCACAACAGCCAGGGCAGAGACCCCAGCACUGGGACUGAGAAGGUUGUCUCCUGGGUCCCUUUCCCAUCGAGGACUGGGGAGGCUGCCCCUGAGUGCCUGGCCUGGGGAACAGAGCAGCGUGUCCACUUCACAGCUGGGCCCAGGCCACCCUGGGCCCCGGGGCUCCUGGAUCACGUGGACAGAGAAGCCAGCAGGAACGGGGCGCCCCCCAAACGGGGCGGCUGGUGGAAAUCCUUUCCUGGGGCCUGCCAGAGAGGAGCCUCUGAGACGGCAGGGCCCUUCACACAGAGAGGCGUGGGGCUCAAGCGCCACGACACCACGUGGGGGCUGGCUGCCACGGCCAGGAGAGUGUCCACCUUCCUCAACAAAUCAGAUGGAAAAGGUAUAUGACGGAAUCAUUGGACUUUUGAAAAAGAAGAAAAAAGGUGAGGCCAUGGUAAGGUUAGCUUCCACAAUGCUCUAUGUAGCAAGCAAACUCCAGAUUCUCUGCUGGAGAGGGACCCCGGACUGGGCCAAAGCAAGCAGGGAAACAAGAUCGAUUCCAUGAGGCCGAGUCCAAGAGAUAAACCCAUUUUCCCAGAGAAGCACAGAGAUUCCUGGGACUCCGGCCAGAAAUGAAUUUCUUCCCUGGGUCCUCAGGACCCAUGCUGAUCAUCACAAGCUGCGUCCUCAGCAGAUCCCUCCCGCAAAGAAAAGAACAAGUUUCUUAGGAAUUUUUUGCUAAUCACAUCCCAUAGGGGUAGGCCUGUGGCAUCAUGCCAAAGUAAACUUUCUGUGGGGGAGAAGAUUUUAACAUCACUUGUUUACAUAGGAACAUUUAGCAAAUUCUAAGCGAAUCUAAUCGGGCUGUUGAAGCAGGGCCUGGCCAUACUUGGUUAUCAGUAAAUACUAGUAACGACAACACAGCGAACAUUUAUUGAGCAACUACUAUGCCCAAAACACUGUGCUAAACUAUUUUUUACUUAUAACGAGGUGGGUAUGUGGCUCUUGUCUCUUUUACAGCUAAAGAAGUAGACUUAACAAGGUAGCAGUAACUUGUCCAGAGCUGCACCAGAAGUGGCAAAAGCAGCAAAGAGCUCCAGCCGGCCGACUCCAGAGCCCGUACCUAACUCCUGCCAUCAACCACAGCAGAGGUUUUCCUAGAUUUCAGACCCAGACACGCACAUCUUAAAAAUAUUCUUCUCUUUGUUAAGUAGUGUAGGGUUUUGGUAUCUGAUUUAUCAUUUCGUCCAUAGGUUAUAGAAGAUAAGACAGUAUCUCAAAACAGAGUGACAGACUGAGAGAACGACCUUAUGGUUUCCGGGGGGAAAGGUGGAGGGAAGGGAUAGUUAGGGAGUUUGGGAUUGACACGUACACACGGCUAUAUUUAAAAUGGAUAACCAACAAGGACCUACUGUAGAGCACAGGGAACUCUGCUCAAUGUUAUGUGGCAGCCUGGAUGGGAGGGGAGAAUGGGUACAUGUGUAUGGUUGGCCGAGUCCCUUUGCUGUGCACCUGAAACUAUCACAACAUUGGUAAUCGGCUCUACUCCAAUAUAAAAUAAAAAGUUAAAAAAAAAAAAGACUAUCUCGAUGCGAGUGAACAUGCCUCAUGCUCUUGGACUCAGAGACCAGCCACCCUAUCACACCACUUAGGGGCAUGGGAAGCCGGGUGGGCGGGGGCUCUUUGGACUGUCAUCCGUCGGGAGUGGGGCGAUGCACUGAGGCUCCCACAGGGCGGUCCCUGGGAGGCAGGGGCCUUUUUCAUCAGCGACCAUGGAGAGAAGGGUGUUUGUGUAUGAGCAGUGGGCAGCAGUCACAGGGUCCUGCCAGAGGGUCGCCGGCAGGGAGCAACUUGGACCUACUACAGCUGCUGUGAUUCUGCUGAGGCAGCAGCCACAGGGUCCUGCUCCCAAACAGAUGAAACUCGAGGUAGGGCAAUUAAUUCUCUCUCCUUGGAAAUGAAAUCUGGUACCAAAUCACCCCAGGAGAGAGGAGGGCUGGGGCCAAGUAAACUCACAGCCACAUCCCAGAGAUGCAUUCCUCAAGUUCUGGCUGCCGAGACGUUGACUUUUCCCGAGUUCUUGACCUUCUUUAAUCUGGGUGUUCAUCUCUCCUUCACUCACUAUCCUUCCAACAAAUCCCCCUUUCUUGCUUAAACUCCCCAAACCCAGUUUCUUUCGUUUCAGCCAAAGAAUGCUGACUGACACCCCUGGUCGACCACCCUUUCUGCUCCCAGCAAAAUACAGGCAGGUGUGGAGUUAGGGGUGAGCUGGCCCUGGUCUCCACUCGAAAGAACCCGAAACUCAUGUAAAUACCCUUUGUAGGAUUAGCAACCCCGGUACGAAUUACACUUGGCUUCAGAAACCACACAGAGAGCAAGCAAAUGCAUGGUUUUGAGGGAAGCUAGAAAUCUUCUGGAAUGAGUGAAAACAGAUGUUGCUACAGCAAGCUCCCUGACGUUCCCUCCGAGUCACACACAAACACACAUGCAGACACACACACACACACGCACACACAAACACACAUGCAGACACGCAGACACACACUCUGACCAGGCUGCCACAGUGUGUCAGAUGAAGAGCACGGGGGCCCACAUGCAGAAGCUCUGAGGUCUCUGACGGCAAGUGUGUCCGCCCGGAAACUGACUGUCGCCUUGCUUAUCUCAUCCUCAGAGAAAUGCUCUUAGGACAUCACCCACAUCUGAAUAUUCGGGGAAAGGCACUCUUGCCAGAUCUUUGCCCAAGAUCUCUCUAGGAAAAUUCAGCGGGACUGGAGCGAAAGGCAGGACCACGAGCCUUCUAUGUGUUAGCACAGAGGGUGGGCCUGCUCCUUCCAAGCCACUGACUCUGUCAUUUGGUGGACACGCCCUUAGACUUGGCGAUAACAGAUAUGCAAUCUCCACUCACCAGCUGAGCGACUUUGCUUAACCUCGAGAGGCUUCAGUUUCCUCAUCAGUAAAAUCAGGAAGAUGAUAAUUAUCCUGAGAAGUCAUUAGGGAAGCCAAAAGUUACUACCCAACGUGUAAUUGUGCCUGCCUUAGGACUGUCACUCAAUUAUAGUGGAAUAAAAUAAAGAUUACAAAAGCACAG